AUGGCGGACGCGGAGGUCCCCAACGCACCCGCAGCCGAGGGCGAGGCGCCCGCGGUCAACAAGGCCGCCCAGCGCGCCGCCACCAAGAAGGCGAAGGCGGCCGCCCGAGCCGCAAAGGCCGAAGCUCCCACCCAGGCCGAUCCCGACGACCCCCUGGCCUCCCGCUACGGCGACUCGGAGCUGAUCCAGAGCCGAUCUAUCACGGGACGCGUCUGGACGGACGUGGGGUCCCUGGGCGGGGACAGCGUGGGCAAGAGCGUGCUCGUGAGGGCGAGGGUGCAUGCCGUUCGCGGCACGGGGAAGAAUUGCUUUUUGGUGCUGCGCCAGGGAUGGGCGACGGUGCAGGCGGUGGUGUUCGCGGACGGCGUGGCCGCCAGCAAGCCGAUGGUCAAGUAUGCCCAGCGGCUGCCGAAAGAGUCGCUUGUGGACGUGGAGGGGACGGUGGUGGCGCCCAAGGAGGCGGUGGUGUCGUGCAGCCAGUCGGACGUGGAGAUCCAAGUGAACGGGGUGCACUGCGUCAGCAGGGCUGCGGAGUUGCCCUUCCAGGUCACUGAUGCCUCGCGAUCGGAGGAAGAAGUGAGGAAGGCAGCUGAAGCAGGGGAGCAGUUUGCAACAGUGCUGCAGGACAACCGGCUGAAUCACAGGUACCUCGACUUGCGCACGCCCGCCAACCAGGGGAUCUUCAGGCUGCAGAGUGCCGUGUGCCAGCUCUUCAGGGAGAUCCUCCUGGCCAAGGGUUUCUGCGAGAUCCACACCCCCAAGCUGAUCGGUGGCGCCUCAGAGGGCGGUGCCGCUGUGUUCAGGCUCCAGUACAUGGGCCAGCCAGCCUGCCUGGCCCAGUCCCCUCAGCUCUACAAGCAGAUGGCGAUCUGCUCAGACUUGGGCAGGGUGUUCGAGAUCGGCCCCGUGUUCCGCGCCGAGACCUCCAACACCCACCGCCACCUGUGCGAGUUCACAGGCCUGGACUUCGAGAUGGCCAUCCACGAGCACUACUCCGAGGUACUGGACGUCGUGGAGGACCUGUUCAUGAACAUGUUCGAGGGCCUCAGGGCACGAUUCUCACGCGAGCUGGCUGCGGUAGCCUCGCAGUUCCCCUUCGAGCCCUUUGAGGCCAAGCCUGUGCGACUGCUCUUCAGCGAAGGGAUCAAGAUGCUGCAGGCUGCUGGCCACGACGUGGACCCCCUGGGCGACCUGUCCACCGAAACGGAGAAGGCCCUUGGUGCCCUGGUGAAGGAAGAGUAUGCCACCGACUUCUACAUCCUGCACCGCUACCCGGCAGCCGUCCGCCCGUUCUACACCAUGCCUGCUGCUGACGACCCGAACUACAGCAACUCUUUCGACGUUUUCAUGCGGGGGGAGGAGAUCAUAUCUGGCGCCCAGAGGGUGCACGACGCUGCCUUGCUGGUGGAGAGGGCCAGGGCCUGCGAGGUGCCCGUGGAGACCAUACAGGCCUAUGUGGACUCGUUCAAGCUGGGGGCACCCCCACAUGGGGGGGUUGGCGUGGGCCUGGAGCGAGUGGUGAUGCUGUACUGCGGCCUGAACAACAUCAGGAAGACGAGCAUGUUUCCUCGUGACCCAAAAAGACUGUCGCCAUGA